AAUUGCAUUUGGUUGACCUCAUUCGGACAGACGGGGCUGCAAUUGAUUUAUUAUUAUUGUCUAUUGAUCAUCCCUCUCCUCCUUACGCACACACACACUUAUCGCCCUUCUUCUUCUUCUUCGAUUCGUCUGAAGCAGAAGCAGCAGCAGCAGCAGCACAACCUGGACAAGGAAGGAAGACGACAAUGGCCGCAGCGAAGCCUCACCCUCAGCCUCAGCCUCACGCCAUCAUGAUUCCGUACCCUUAUCAGGGCCACAUUAACCCCUUCGUCAGCCUCGCCGUGAAACUCGCCUCCAAUGGCUUCACCAUCACCUUCGUCAACACCCAGUCCGUCCACUCCCGUAUUUCCCGCGCCCGGGGCACCAACGCCGUCGACAUUUUCGCCGGCGCCCGCGCCUCCGGCCUCGACAUUCGCUACGCCACCGUUUCCGACGGCUUCCCCUUAGGGUUCGAUCGGUCGGCGAACCACGACCAGUUCGUCGAGGGUUUGAUCCACGUUUUCUCCGCCCACGUCGACGAAUUAGUUGCGGAUUUGUCGGAAUCUGAUUCCCCCCUCACCAUCCUCAUCGCAGACACCUUCUACGUUUGGGCCUCCGCCAUUGCCCGCAAGCACAGCCUCCUCUGCGUCUCCUUCUGGACCGAACCCGCCCUCGUCUUGUCCCUCUAUUACCACCUCCACCUCCUCAAGAAGCACGGCCAUUUCCAUUCCAAAGAGAAACGCAAGGACACCAUAGAUUACAUCCCGGGGGUGAAGGCGAUCAAACCGACAGACCUCACAUCGUACCUCCAAACCGACGACGUAACGACCGUCGUCCAUCGCGUCAUCUACAGAGCCUUCGAGGACGUCAAGAAAGCCGACAUCAUCAUCUGCAACACGGUGGAAGAUCUCGAAUCCGACACGCUCUCGGCGCUCAACACGGAGCAGCCGACAUACGCAAUCGGCCCCAUCGUCUCCAACUUCACCAGCCAGACACUAACCACCAGUCUCUGGUCGGAAUCCGACUUCACCGAAUGGCUAAACACAAAGCCCAAACGCUCCGUGCUCUACGUCUCCUUCGGCAGCCACGCCCACACCACCAGCAAGCAGGACAUCCUCGAGAUCGCCUACGGGCUGCAAAUCAGCGGUGUCAAUUUCGUGUGGGUAAUCCGGCCGGACAUCGUGAGCUCCGACGAGACCAAUGUCCUGCCGGAGGGGUUCGAGGAGAGCAUUAACGGGCGAGGGCUAAUCGUGCAGUGGUGCAGGCAGACUAAAGUGAUUUCCCAUCCUGCCAUCGGCGGAUUUCUGUCCCAUUGCGGCUGGAAUUCGGUGCUGGAGAGCAUAUGGUGCAGAGUUCCUCUGCUCUGCUUCCCUCUCUUCACCGAUCAGUUCACGAAUCGGAAACUGGUGGUGAACGAUUGGAAGAUAGGGAUCAAUUUGUGCGACAGGGAGACGAUCACGAGGGAGGAGGUGGAGGAGAAGAUUAAGGAUUUGAUGAGCGGAGGAAGAUCGGAGCAGCUGAGGAAUGCAGUGAGGGAAGUGAGUGGAACCAUGGAGAAAGCACUGACAAGCGAAGGAUCGUCUGAGAAGAGACUAAAGAUGUUCAUGGAGGACAUGAAGUGUAAAAUUAAGAAGAAAGCAUUAGCAGCCAGCAAGGUUGUUGUUGUCGGAGGAGGAGUGCAAGAUCAGGGUGGAAGGAGCAGCAGCAGCCAUGUUUGGGCUUCUACACCUGCUGCAGUCAACAAUCUUUGCCAGCAAAUUAGCUGAUGAAUUAAUGAAUGAAUGAAGGAAGGCUCUUUUUACAUCUUUCUCUGCUUCUUGGUGAAUUGAAUGAUUUUUUACAAUCUCUGGUGUCUUUUAACUGUAAGAUAUACAAGAAUUUGGAAUAGCGUUGUUAAUUAGGACAAUCAAUCUAUUUGUGGAUCUGUGUAAGGGUUUUGUUUGGAGCAGGAAACAGUGAUAUGUUGCAGAGAUGAGAUCCCAAUAUCCCAUUCCCAUGUUUGUUUUUGAACUAUCUCAGUAUCAGUGCAAAAUUUGGUAUUCUUGUGAAG